AUGGGCCCAUCAAAGACUGAAUACGCCGAUUAUUUACGCCUAAAUAAUGGUACAUACUUGAAAUAUUCUCGGUCAAACAUCUUCAACGUAACCACGGAAACUACAGAUCAGAAUAAGUUACAAUUUCCUAGAUCUGUCACACGCGUAAAAACAUAUUCUGGUAAUGCACAGCAGCAGCAGCAACAAAAACAGCAAAAACAAGAAGUGCGUCAUAUAGGAUUCUUGAAAGUUCACAGAGCAGCAAGUUCUACUAUGCAAAAUAUGUUCUUCCGGUUUGGACUAAAACGCAAUUUAACGUAUGUAUUUACAAAUCAUCCGAAAUACUUUUCUAGAACGGCUCAAAGGCACUUACCAUUAGUGAAACCCCGAUAUAGAAACGGAUAUGAUAUCCUUUGUAACCAUGGUGUUUUCAAUUACGAUAUUUACUCCUCUCUUCUACCUAAAGAUACUGUUUACCUGGCUAUUGUUAGAGACCCUCUUGCAGUGUUUAUUUCAGCCGUUAACUAUUACUCUCAGAAAUCGCAAAACAUUGAUUACAUUGCCCGAAUUAGAGGAAACAGGCUACAGUACCUUAUUCAAAGACCGGAAGUGUAUGACAAGGAAUUCUUCUCGUAUACUAAAAACGUGAUGGCACGAGAUUUUGGGUUUCCGGAAACUAACGACCAAAGCCAAAUAGACUCGAAGCUAAAAGAAUUAGGUCACAUUUUCAAACUUGUCCUCCUUAGUGAACAUUUUGAAGACUCUCUCAUAUUAAUGAAACGGUAUUUGAACUGGAAACUGAAAGACAUCUUGUUUCUACCAAAUAACGUUUACGAAAAAGGGCAAACAGGAAUAGAUCUUACAUUAAAUAAUACAGAACAGUUCGAAAUACGAAAUCAGCUCGAUUACUCUGUAUACAAUUAUUUCUACAAGAAAUUUUGGGAUCAGUUUAAUGAGGAAACAGAUGACAUUGACUCAGAAGUAAAACAUUUCAAAAAUGUUCUAUUUCAUCUCAAAACAUUCUGCAAUAAUAAAAUUGAAUUUCCUGAAAACGAUGGCAGCGUGCUGACAGUGGAAGAAUCGAAAUGGACUGAACAAUUUAUUGUAAAAUUUGAAGACUGUAAAUAUAUGACCAUGUACGAGUUAGAGUUUAUUGAACUGUUACGCCGAAAACAAGGAAGUGAACUACAGAUUCCAACUGUUGUGUAA